AUGGCAGCCUGCUGGCUCGAGCUGUGAUCCUCUCGCAGACACUUUAAACUUUAUGAUGAAGCCGGAGACCGACAGCGCGAGACCAGAGGGUCGGUAACGGAGGGCUCGGGAAGUUAAUGAUGAGGAUGAUGAUGAUGUGUUUUCGGAGGAUCGCAAAUGUUCGCUGUCUGGUGUCCGCGCGGUGUGCGGGUGUCUGUUGGCUCGAGCCAGCGUCAUGGCCUCACAGGCACACGCCAGUCACCGAGUGCGCGAGGUUGAAGCGGUCACAGGUGAGCGGCUCGUGGCUCCUCAGAGCGAGAGAAAGGGACAGUCGCGUCGCGUGCUGGAGUGGGAUCUUCCGGCAGGUAAAACCAACAGCCUGGUACGAUCUAGGAACCGUACCUUUGUACCAGGGAGGUCACGAUAGGUCGGCGGCUAGCUUCCGGUCUGUGCUCUACCUUAACGCUCGUGGAUAUUGCAGCGAAAAGACGCAGGAGACACCGGACGGUUCCCCGGCAGCGGACCGGACCGAAGCCAGUGCGGUGCCGGGACAAGGACUGUUCAAGUUCAAAGAGCUGUAUGAGAACCCAUGGACAAUCCCCAACUUGUUGUGCAUGUGUCGGAUUUUGCUCGCUCCAUUCCUGGGUCACCUGAUCAUCCAGCAGCACUUUCACCUCAGCCUGGCUCUGUUUACUCUGGCUGGAGCUACUGACCUGUUGGAUGGUUACAUUGCCAGAACGUGGCCCACUCAGAAGUCGGCGUUGGGCAGCGCUCUCGACCCACUGGCUGACAAAAUUCUCGUCAGUAUUUUAUAUGUCAGUCUCACCUAUGCUGACCUCAUACCAGCUCCACUCACGGCUCUAGUGAUUUUCAGAGACAUUGGUUUGAUAGCUGCUGUCUUUUGGAUCAGAUACAAGACUGUACCUCCACCGGUGACACUUGGUAAAUUUUUUAACCCCUGCUACGCCACAGCUCAGCUCAAACCCACACUUUUCAGCAAGGUGAACACAGCCAUCCAGCUCUUUCUGGUCGCAGCUUCUCUGGCUGCUCCAGUCUUCCAGUACACAGACAGCAUCGCGCUGCAGUGCAUAUGGUAUGUAACAGCAGUGACAACAGCAGCGUCAGGUUAUAGCUACUGGCACUACGGCCGCAAGACUGUCCAGGUGCUGAACAACAGGUCACCGUGGCAGCCACACACGGAAACACCCAGAAGGAAGAACAAAAGCAACGAACAGCCGCUGCAGAGACUCUGAUCAGGCAUGGCAAAAGUCAGACAGACAGAUGGACGAUGGCCAGGAGCACUGAAACCAAGUAGCUGUGACAACCAUUUAUGAGUCUCCAUGGCAAUGACGCAUGGAAACCAACCAAGGCCGCAGAUGGUUUACUGCAACACACUACAGAAACGCCUGACAGCAGCUCUGCCACUGGACCGUCUGUGGACAAGAGACGCACAGAUAGAAGCAGCAAACACAAAUAUAGACCAUCCACCCACACACAGGCCCCUAUACACACACACACACACACACACACACACACACACACACACACACACAUGUCAAGUAAAUGUUAAGUGAUCUGGCAAGAGCUUCUAUUUUUUUCUUAGUUUUUCAAUCAAGAGGUUGUGAUGCCAACCUAAUCAGUGUCACAUCAGUGUCAGUUUUGUAAAUCAAUCAUUUAUGAUUAAAAAAGAAAAUCUC